UGCUUCUAUCAGCACGGCACUCCGCUCGUCCAGCAGUUUUCGAUAAAAUUCGGUUGCGUGAUAAGCUUACGUGUGUGAAAACAAUAAAUUUAUUUUACUCUCUAGAUCACGUAAAACGUGUUAUUCGAUUGAAUUAUCUCGUAUAUCCGCGAGCGAUCAAGUGUAGUCACAAUUACGGGUGUGGAUCGUGAAUAUUUUAUUAGAUUCUAGACAAAAAUAUUUGAUGUGACAUUUCGCAAGUUUGACAAAGCUGUUUAUUUGUGUAUGCCGUGAUUGUCGUGUGUAAAUUCGGAGAUAUUGGUGUUGUAUUAGUGCGUUGGUCGAUAACAGGUGAUAUUGUGAACGAAGUGUCUGUUUUUGUGAAGUUUGUUUGGAAUCGUGAUGUGUUUGUGUCUGCACCCAGCUCGCUCGACCAUGGUGCGGAAGGGAGAUAGACAAAUCAGCUUUUCCUCAUAAUGGGGUAUUACUCACCGCGGCCGCGUCGUACCGCCGCCCACCAUGCUGCGUCCGGAGUCGCCCCUCGCUGACCACCGCAGCCUCCUGCCGCGCCGCCUCCUCCCCGUCAAGGCCCAAAUAGCCCCCGCCGACAAACGCAAAAACCGACGCUCCCUCGAACUUAACCCACCCACCGACUACGAAUACCCCAAGCUCCUCAUCUCCAAAACUACUGACUCACUCAACACAGCGAAAAAACAAGAAUCCGCUGAUAGCUUGAAGCGACUCUUGAAAGACGAUAAGAAGAAAGUCGUUAAACAGGAUUCUACUGAGAGUCUUAAGAAAGCUUUCUUAAGCAGACAAGACUCUAAUGAUAGUAAGAAGGAGCCUAAACGACCAAAGCAGGAUGUUAAACCUGAAGUCAAACGAGGAAGCGAUAAAAAGGCUUUACUCGAGACAGACAAUUUUGAGGAGACUUGCAAAAGACUAUACGAACGAAGGACAGGCGCCGCCCGUCCGACUUUACCCCCCGUAGCCGAGAAAGGGCUCGAAUCUCCAGAAUCUCCAAACAGGAGUCCUUUAACUCCUGGAGUGGCUGCGAUUGCCGAGGGUGUAGUUCGGUGGGGAAGUGGCUUGCUUUCUCCUAAAGAAGAGCCUAGGUUGAGGGCUGCUAGGAGCUGGUAUGGAUAUGGGACGCUGCCGACUGAUAGCGAAAAGUUGGGAGCAGGCGCGACGGGCCCCGGAGCCAGGGCGUUAGAACUGAUCCUCAGCGGAGGCCUAAAGUCUCUGGCGAGGCCCGCCCGGCCUGUCCGCAGGGCUGCGUCGCGGGACUCAGUGUUGUCGCAGCCGCAGCCGCUACUUGAAGGCCUCCGCAAAUGCUCGACAGUGCUCGCGCUCACCGACCGCGAGAAGGUUACCGAGCCGAUCCGCGCCCACAACCGUCUUCGAGCGCCCUCCGUCUGCUCCCGAUGCUCCUCGCUACUGUCCCUGGCCGGCGCUGGAUCCAGGUAUUCUCUGGAUGGCGCUGGCGGAGGCUUCGUACCGGCCGCUCCGGUCAACUGCAAGCUUUGCUUGGAAGACGCCGCUCCCGACAAAGUUACCGUCAUCGGCGGCUGCGGCUGCGCGUACUGCACUAAGUGCAUGAAAGCGUACGUGGAGUUCGAAGUGUGCAACGGAGCUUACGAAGUGUCAUGUCCAGACGCUCGGUGCCGGGCGGGCGCAGCACUGGCACUUGAAGAGAUCUCGCUACUGGUGGACGCCAGCGUCAUGGAGAAGCAUCUCAAGUUCAGGCUUAACCAUGAAGUGGCGAUGGACGCGAACCGCGCGUUCUGUCCCCGCGUCGGUUGUGAUACCGUAGUGUCGCUGCGGGCCGCCAGCCCCGCGCACUGCCCGACCUGCCGGCAUGAUUUCUGCUCGCAGUGCAACCAGGAGUGGCACGGCAGCAUGUCCUGCGAGGCGGCAGCGGCGUCCUCCUCCAUGGCCGGCGCCGGCGCCCCGCUCCUGCCCGACUCGGAGCUCAUCAAACUCUGCCCGAUGUGUCGUGUCCCCAUCGAGAAGGACGAGGGCUGCGCGCAGAUGAUGUGCAAGCGGUGCAAACACGUGUUCUGCUGGUACUGCCUCGCGUCGCUCGAUGAUGACUUCCUGCUCCGCCACUACGACAAAGGGCCCUGUAAGAACAAGUUGGGACACUCGCGCGCCUCCGUUCUGUGGCAUAGAGCACAGGUGGUGGGCAUAUUCGCCGGGUUUGGCUUGCUCCUGCUGGUCGCCAGCCCGCUGCUGCUGCUGGCCGCGCCCUGCAUCGUCUGCUGCAAGUGCAGAUUAUGCAACCCCAGCACGAAAAAUCUCGAAGAGGUCGACGAAAUCGAGAGCAUAAGUCCCGGACGCGAAGACGAAGACGAAAUAACACGCGCCAGGUACCUCUCCGACUGACGCAAGAGGCGCUCCAAGGAGGGCUCCGGGCGGUGGUAGGCAGUGGCCGUGUGGACUUUGUGAGGUGAGCUGUGAUUGGAUCCGUAGAAGAGGUGAAAAGUGAUUGGCUAAACGUAUCCUGGAAGUUGGAGAACAAUUUUGACUACUGUUAAUCGCCGAUGGGUUUUUCUUUUUCGUCUAGUGCAGGAAGAAACGAUGUGGACUGAAGAUUUGGUUGGGCUUUAGUGUAAAUAGGUUUGAGCCAACACUUAUAGGAAUCUGGCCCAACGGUAAAGAAGAUUGACCAUCGAUCCUAAAAAAGGACACUUCAACCAUUUUGUAGGUAUUGUGGUUGAAUCUUUAUGCACAUAAUUUUUGAGGACAACCAUUGAGUGUUGACAAAUGUGAUGAUACUGAUGAUGUAAAGGGGCUGAAUGAGUCAAGAUUUCAUAAAAGGACGUUGAUUAUUUUUCACGAACAAUCUUGUUCGAACAUUCAGCCAUUGACAUUGGUGUAGAGAUUUUCGCCAAGCGAAUUCCGGCGAUAAUGUAUACUGAUCACUAUUGUACAGAUACUUACUAGGAUUCUGGCCAAGGUUUUGUAUGUGACAUUGACUUUUGAUUGCAGCAGAUUUACUCAGAAAACGAAAUUGGAGGCAUUAUAAGCCGUCUAUUAAAAUCUAUUUAAAAACAGCUUAAGAUAUUUGCUUCGAAUUUCGGUUUAGGAGUUGCUCAGGGAUUAAGUAUUUGUAAAGAGAUUUGUUCAGAUCAGGCCACUAUUGUAUUUAAUGAUGCUUUCUACAUCGCUGUUUUUGUAAUUACUGUCUAUGGAUGAUGUAAUCAUGACCGUAAAUAAAAAUUGUCCGUUCAAGGUCGUUUUUUCAAUUGAAAGUUGUAUAAUUUGUAUGACUUCUUUACUUGGCUUGUAACAACUAAAGCCAUAUUUUGAUCUCUGAUUGUUAUUUGGACUUUUCGCAGAUUACCUACAACAUUUUGUGGCAGUAAAGAUUUAUAGGUUAUAUAAGUGUACUGCCUAUAUGUACUUUAAAACAGCUCGCAUAUUGAUUUGAAGCUUGUUAUAUUUGUUUCGGGUUGGAAUGGGGUAAAAGAGACUGAUAUCGACGGAUGUGUAUUCGAGUGCCAAUGUUUACUUUCCGUUUUCCACUAAUGCCAAUUAUUUACGCUUCUCGCCAACUUUUAGUCUUUUCGGCUGCGUCAAUUAUAUUGCCACAUUUAUCAUUAAUUGAAAUCGUUUAUGGAGACUUCUUAUACUGACAAUGUAAUGGAUGUAGCGGUGAAGAGAAUUUUAUAUAUGGCGAUAACAAUUCUUAAAUCGCGUAAUAAAUUUGCGUCUAAAUUCUAAAAUCCAAAUUGAAAAAAUGGUACAAUUCUCUCAGAAAUCGUAUAAAACAUGCACCCGUUUUUUUACUUUUGAAUAGUCAGCAGCUGAAGUUGCCAAUCGGGCGAAGUGUUCAUACUGAACUGAACAUAAGUAGGUAACAUAAGAGAAUCAAAGCGUGUGUUGUUAAUUAUGAGCAUCUCACCCAUUUGGCUACUUCUUCUGAUGUAUUAUUAAUAAAAUGUCUUCGACAACGAAUCUUUGAAAGAUUUUGGAGCUUUCUCGAACGAUUUAGAAUAAAUAUUAUGGGCUUGUACCAUAAUUUUUCGCAACAAGUAAUGUCAUACCAUUAAGCUGCCUUUCAUCGCUAAAGAAGGGCAUGCUCUAAUAUAAUGUAAUUUAGACAUGGAUGUUUAGUGGAACUUAAAAAAUUAACCAGGUGAUGAUGGAUAUUAAUAUGUAUAUUUUUUAUAAAAUAUAGUAUGCAAAGCGUACUUGCGUAUUGUUUGAUUGAUAACACGUUUUUGAAAGAUACUUAGGCUUGUUACUUCAAAUCUAACUUCGAUAGUAUAUAAAAUUGAGUAGGGAACUUACGAAAUAUCAGUCUUAUACAUUACCUAACCUAGACUUAUAUUGACCGGGAUAGACCAUGAUUACCUUUUGUAUUAUUUGUGAGGUCCCGGUCAAUAUAAGUCUAGUGAAACUAACCGUGAAUCAUUCAAAACUCUAAUUACCUAACCUGCCUCAGUACACAUCUCAUAUGAUUAGACUGAUAUUUCAUAUAAAAGGCCCCUGUCGUAAAAGUGUUAAUACAUCACUUUCAUUGCUAAGUUGACUAAAUUGUAAAAAAAAAUUGGGUACUUAGCAAAGAAAGUGUCAGCUAUUUAUCCCAAUAUUUCUUAAAUCAAAGCCGUCUAGAUUUCUAGAUAAAUAAAAAAUGUUGACAAAGCAUAAAAAUAAAAACAUUUUUGACAAAUGAUAUAUUAUCGUCCAUUUUAUUAAUAGCUACUUACCUAUGUAUUCUUGCAUCACAACACUUUCGUAUUUCCUCAAAUUCUUUUUAAGAAAAUGAAAGAAAGUAGGUACCUACAGUGAAAUAUAAAAAUACAUUAGUGUUAAUAAAGUGGACAAUCGUCCUUUUGAAGGUCUAUGAUUGUCGCGUUAUUGCGCGAUAAUGCGUUCGUCUCUUAGUGACAACUUUGUUUUUUUUAUCAUUCGGUAAAGCGACAAUUUUACGCCUAACCUUUCUCUUACAUCGUUAAUGAAAUUAUUAGAUUUCUUCUCAAUUUAGAUUCGUAGUAAAAGGUCCAAAGUAUUAGUAAAAGAUAGAGUAACUGCAAUGCAGUGUGAAACAGUGCAUAUGUCAGGAAUAUUUUUUUAAUCACCUGUGAUCCAUGGAAGGCAGUUAGUAUAUAAAUAGUUGGACUUAGACAUCCUUGUGGCAUGAGUUUUUGAGAUGAAAAAAAGAACACUUACUACCUAAUAAGUCCUUAGCAACUAGAAAAUAACUGUUGAAUGAAAACUAUCUUACGUAAAGAAGUUUAUUAUGGCCAUUAAGCUGAAAGUACACACGAUAAUGGUACCUAUUUCAUAAGUGACAAGUGCGAUUAUAAUCUACUAAGAAACUACAACAGCUAUAUAAUUGUCACGUAUAAAAUAGGGCCCUUAUUGUGAACUAAAUUUUCCCCAUAAAAGCAUGCCAUAAGGAUACCCGCAGUCUACAUAUACGUAAUACGCACUGCUUUCAUGUCCUGCACACAGAGCCUUAACUCUUAACUUAGAUAUGUACUUUAUUUAUUAAUGUAAAUAAGGUUUAAUUAAUGUACUUAAAUAGUCGAGGAUCGGUGACGUUUUGGAAAUAAAAGUUGCACGCAGACGCUGUUUGAUGUAAUAGUGUAUAUUGUAUUGAUGUUUUAGAAUUACACAGUAUAAAUAUUACAAGUAUAUUAAUUGUAAAUAAAAGUGGGAAUGUCUGCUGGCGGUACUUUUAUGCAAGAACUUUCCGAUUGAGAUAAAGUAAGACAAUAUAUGCUUAACUGUAAAAUCUCGAUAACUUUUGUUUUUACAAGGAAACUGACGAGAACCAUGAACCAUAGUUAAACUUGAUCUUUUGUAAGUAUAAAAAGCUACUCGCUUAUAUUUCCAACUAAACCUUUUGAAUAAAUCAGUCAAAAUAUAUAGUCUUCUAUUUCAAUACCUACAUUUAUUGAUAAUGCUUGUUAAAGUACUGAUCUGAUAGUGUCAUUUAAAUCUGACGUGUUAGUUCUUACUCAGUGGAUGCGUGCAACAACUGCUUUUGAUCAAAACAUAUCAAUAUUAUGCAUUUUUGUGCUGUUACUUGGUCUAAGUUUUAAUUAGUUACACAAAUAAUACCUUAUAUUACAUCUAAACUGUGGUGAUUCAUACUGAUAUCAAAAAUAAAAUGUUAAACUCACGUAUUAAAGUUACAAUUGCGCGACAUGUUUCGAAUACAUUGGACAUCAUAAUCAUCAGGUUUCCAGUGUUUUUAUCUACGGCGCUCACUGAAUUUAACUGUGACUUCAAUAUGUGAGUAACCAUUUUAUUCUCAUUUUAUAAAUAAAGUUUUAGUUAACCAAAAGGUAGUCAUCGGUCCCUAAGUAGCUUGUCGUAGCAGGCUAGUUAAAGCAUUUGUAGACUUAAACUGGACAUGUCUGUAGGUGGCUAGGCUAAGUUAUUGUACUGUACGUUAGGCUAAGUUGACUGUAAAAACACUUUCGUCUAUGGUAUUCACGUAAAGACUUUUUUUCAUUAAGUUUAAUAUUUUAUUGUGUUAAGACACGUUGUAUAUAGAAAGAAGUCUAUUUUUUGUUAACGAUCUAUUUCUUCUUGUUUAUUUUGUGUUGAGACACUUUCCGUUACUAUAAUUGUAAACGAUUUAAUAAAGAUUUUUUUUCUGACAAAUCUCAAAA